UGUAUUCUUGUACGAGCCCAGGCCAGGUUGAGGAUCCUUCGUAACCACCUCGCCAUUGUGAUACGUAAAUGAAUGGGUGUACUUUUUGCCAGUUACUUCAAUUACUUACUCCCACGAUAUUUCCAAAGUAAACAUUAUAACAGAGGUCUUCCGAAAAGUUCCCUGCACCGCAAAGAGAAGCAUUCUCCAUGCAUGUUUAGUUGCUGUUUGAGCUUCGAUGUGAAACAACGUACGCAUAGCGGACCAGGCCUAAAGUACAGUCAGUGCUUGCAGUUGCACAACAGAGAUUGGUGCGUUAUCCCGCUAUUUUUAAGUACAGGGCUGCCGUUGGGAACAUUCCGGUUCAGCUACAGUGAGGCAAUGGCCGAUUCAAAGCUUAUAACUGCGAUUGGUGAGGAACUAGAAUGCCCUGUGUGUGCCGAAUACUUCACCGAUGCAUGCUUCCUAUCCUGCAUGCAUUCAUUCUGUAGAUCAUGUCUAGUCAAGUGCGACAAGACGUAUGGACGCGGCGGCAAGGCUUCAAUGAAUUGUCCACUGUGUAGGAAAGUGACGCUACUGGGAAAGAAUGGCGUAGCUGGACUGUCGACAGACUACACCAGCAACAAACUGGUAACGCGCCUCAAGGAAAGCAUCAAAGAACGUGAAGCUGGAUACUCCAAGAAGGAUGCUAUGACAUGCCAGAACUGCCGGGAUGGAGUCGUCGUUUCCUACUGUCUAUCCUGCUGUCAUUUCAUAUGUGCCAACUGCCAUUCGAUUCAUUCAAAAAUGAUAGCUAUGAAAAUGCAUGAAGUAAUUCCUCUCAAGGAUCUACGCAAAGGCAAUGUGACGGUGUUGCGUACAGAGAACCCUCAGUUCUGCAGCGUACAUCGGUUGGACACCAUAUGCUUUUGCUACACUUGUCAACGCUACCAAUGUGAGAUUUGCUGUAUGUUGGAUCGGAAUCGCGAAGGACAUAGCUGCACAGAGCCUAGUCACAAUCACGAUUCGGAGUCGAUCGUCAAGAAGAAGAAAGCAGUUAUUGAGAAGGCGGUGGAAAGAUUAUCCCAAAAAAGGAGUUCACUUGAAGAGCAGCAAGGGGAAGUCAAGCGAAUGAGGGCCAGCAUCAAAAGACAUUACGGCGCAAUGAAGGACCAGCUAAAGAGUACCCUAGACUUGAGGAUUCGAACAGUUACGAGGGUCAUGACUGAAAAGCAUGAUGACCUUGUGAAGGUAAUAGAAGACGAUCAACAAGUCAUGCUUGCCAAAAUAGCAUCAGUGGACGAAAGCUUGGGGCAUACGGAGUCUAGGACCUUGGAAGCCAAGUCGAUUGGAGACAAUGCACUCAAAGACGGACAGCAUGCUGAAAUAGCUGCAGUAAAUGACUACCUCAAGAGUGUCGUUUCUAGUUUAGAAGAGGACAAAACACCUGAAAAUGCUCUGAAACAAAUCAAGCAAUAUGCUGACAAGGUCAAGCUUAACCCCGUCCCAGCUGAUGAAAAUGUCGAAUCUCUUGCUUCCCUUGGUGACAUUUUCCGCCCUCAUGUUUGGGAUGAUAUUGAGGUGUCUGGGGUUUUUCUUGAAGACACCCUUAAAGCGAUGUGCUAUAAUGCUUCACUCGAGUCCUUUGUUGCUUCCUCAAAAGACUCACUGAGUAAAAUCUCCGUUGAUGGAGAAGCAAGCCACAUUUUCACGUUUGAAUAUGGACUUUCUGUGCAGGACAUAGCCUUCGGUAAAGAUGGAACUACUAGCUACGUACUGUUUGAUGACAAUCGUGUAAGGUUGUUCAAAAACCAGUCAUGGGGCAAGUAUUCUGGUGUGAUAGAAGUGCCUCAAAAAGGCAGAGAUUGUACCCUGUCUUCUUUGUCCAUCAAUGAGAAUGGCGUUGUGGUAGUAGGGGACCAAGCUGCACGGACAAUUGUCGGGUGCUCUCGGGCUGUUUUCAGCAGGAUGACAGACAUCUCCCCGAUCAAAAUGACCUUCACCAGUAAUGGGGAGCUUGCAGUUGUGUGCCGUAACAUAGGAAGGAUUGAUGAUAACAGCUCUAGCCGAUGGAAUGAAGCAGGUGUGUCUGUGAAGAUAUUUGGUAUGAAUGACCGGAAGGAGAAUAUUCUCGAGCAGAACAACUGGCAGGCUGCGGCUGUUGCGUCUAGGGCAGAGUAUGAUAACAAGGCUGGACGGUUCUUUGCCUUGGGGAUAUACUUAAUGGGGGAUGGACGUCAACUUGCAUCUUUAGCUGAAUACGACGGGUUCGGGACGAAGCACGAUGUAGUCUUUGAGGACAAGGUGCUGCCGUCCAACCUAGCUGUUGCUCCCCUUCUAGCUGCGGACGAUGAGGGUAAGACCAUUGCUGUAUACACUGGUUCUAAUAUGUGGAUCUACAGAAAACGUGACUUCAGCUCCAUCUAGGUCUGGUAGUACUAACCCAUCAUGGAUGCAAUGCGGUCCUCGAGUUUCGAGAUUUUUCAUGGAUUUGAUAUAAAUCCCAAUGGAAUUCUAGAUCUUAAUUGAAUAUCAAUGGAUUAUUUGAAUCGUACAAGAAUUGAAAAAAUUCUGAAGGAUUCACAUAUAAAUCAGGUUUUAGAUUCAUUUAGUUUGAAGAUUUAUUCUAAAAUCUGAAAAAUGUAACUCUUCCUUUGAGAUCUGAAAAUUAAUCUUUAGGAUUCAAUUAAAAUCCAGAAUUCGAGUGGUCAUUAACAACAGUACAUAUUAGAUCUGUGUAUACCAAUAGUCAUACACUGUAUAAGCAGUUAUGUAGUUUCGAAAGAUCAUGUAAUAGACCGAGAAGUAGUGUAUGGAUAUCAUCACUGGGUUUGAAAUAUCGGGGAAUUCCAUAUUUCCCUUUUCUAAGAAAAGCUGCCUGAAUGUAUCGCGUGUAGACAAUUGCGUGUUAAAACCAGGCAAUAUAAACAAGAAUAAUGGCAACGAAAUUACUCAAUCACAAGUACAUGUACAUAUCGUGCAAAAAAAAAUCCAAAGAUCUAAUGUCAGUACAAUAUGUAAUGAUGAUUUUUAUUUUUUUUUUCACUGCUUUCAGUAAUGUGGAUAUCAAAAUGUUUCUUUUUUACUAUGUGUUUUUGUUUUUACUGUUCAUUAAUUUAAUCAAGAUUUAUCUACCAUAUUGGCAGCUUUAGGUAGCAAAGACACUGCAUUGAUCCAACUCAACACCCCCCCCCCCCAUUUUCUAGAGCAGUAUAUCAUGAAAACAGCCAAUUCAGCACUGGUCUAUCAUUGCGUGACUGUGCUCUUUCUGAGUAGGAAAACCAUGACCACGUAAUGACGCAUUCAUUCAGUUCGUAUUCCCACAAUCACUUUGUAAGUUUUUAUUUAAUCUAUUUUAAUCCUGGUAUUAUCUGUAUUAUCUUUUAUAGUCACGUGUAAGAUAAGUACAUGGAAGAUCCUGGUAGAAAGGGUGGGAUUGGGCAGGUCAGAUUAUUUGCUGGAUUCGUUUAAGGUCAAGUCCACCCCAGGAAAAUGCUGACUUUGAUAAAUAGAGAAAAAUGAAACUAGCAU